CCUCUCUGCUUCCUCUUUGUUAAACGCGUACUGGGUGUUUAAGUGUUUGGUUCUUCAUCUGAAGCUAAGGCCUUUGAAUCCGGCGACUGGCACUCUCGAUUUUAGGCAUCCAGCUACUAAAAAAACGAAACCUCGUAGAAAAAUGGCCUCUGUAUCUGAACUCGCCUGUAUUUACUCCGCUCUCAUCCUCCACGACGAUGAAGUCACCGUCACCGAGGACAAGAUCAAUGCUCUCAUCAAGGCCGCUGGGGUGUCUGUGGAGCCCUUCUGGCCCGGUCUGUUUGCCAAGGCCCUGGCCAGCGUGGACAUUGGCAGCCUGAUCUGUAAUGUUGGUGCUGGAGGAGGAGCUGCCCCUGCUGGUGCUGCCCCUGCUGGAGGAGCCCCAGCUGGAAGUGCCCCAGCUGAGAAAGUGGAGGAGAAGAAGGAAGAGAAGAAGGAAGAGUCUGAGGAGUCUGAUGAUGACAUGGGCUUUGGUCUGUUUGACUAAACUAACCUUUUUGUAACUCCGGCAACAAGAAUAAAAACUGAAAAUGCAA